UGUGGGGUUGUGAUAUUAUAGUGGACUGGGCGGACCCUCAAGAGGAACCGGACGAGCAAACGAUGAGCAAAGUGAAAGUAUUAUACGUGCGAAACCUUACACAGGACACCAGUGAGGAGAAGUUAAAGGAAUGUUUCGAGCAGUUUGGUCGAGUUGAACGAGUGAAGAAAAUCAAAGACUACGCUUUUGUGCACUUUGAAGACCGUGACCACGCAGUCGAUGCAAUGAAGGAUUUGGACGGCAAAGAGGUGAACGGUUCGAAUAUUGAGGUGUCUCUGGCGAAACCCCCGUCCGACAAAAAGAAGGAGGAAAUUCUGCGAGCACGAGAAAGGCGCAUGAACCAAUUAAUUUGUCAGUGUUGUGAAUCCGAGGUGCUAUAUCUAUUGCUAGAUUGUGUAACCGCUUUGGGUCAUGUAAAAUGCUGUGGACCAUUAGUUUUCACACAGCCCAAGUAUUGGUAG